UUCUUCUAUUGAUCCAAGUACCCCUUAAAAAAUGCAAAAUUACUUUAAAUUCCCCAUGUCACAUUUUCUUCUCCGAUAAGCUCUCCCGAGUCCGACUUCACUCUGGCUCCCUCCUAAACCUUACUUUCCACCAACAAUGGCGAAGCUCAUCGCUUUCCUAACCCUUACCCUAAUUCUUCCAUUUCUCUGCACCUCCUUCUCUCCUGAGAGGCCCACCGAUCGCCGAGUCCUUGUUCUGCUCGACGAUCUCGCCCUCAAAUCCUCUCACUCCUUCUUCUUCAAGUCCCUCCAAUCGUGCGGCUUCGACCUCGACUUCAAGCUCGCCGAAAAUCCCAAGAUCGGCUUGCAGAGAUACGGACAGUAUUUAUACGACGCUUUGAUUCUAUUUUCUCCCGCUGUUGAUCGUUUUGGAGGAUCUAUUGAUGUGGCUGCCAUACUGGAUUUUGUGGAUUCGGGGCGUGAUUUGAUAAUUGCGUCUGAUGUUAAUGCAUCUGACUUAGUCCGAGAGAUUGCAAUCGAGUGUGGAGUUGAUUUUGAUGAGGAUUCUGCUGCUUUGGUCAUUGAUCACACCAGCUAUGCAGUUUCAGGCACCGAAGGAGACCACACUUUGAUUGCCAGUGAUGAUUUCAUUAACUCUGAUGUGAUUUUGGGUAGCAGGAAAAUAGAGGCUCCUGUACUUUUUCAGGGGCUUGGCCAUACAAUUAAUCCUGCUAAUAGCCUGGUGAUGAAAGUUCUCUCAGCCUCACCUUCAGCAUAUUCUGCUAAUCCGAAGUCCAAGCUGUCGAAUCCUCCAUCCCUCACUGGGUCUGCUGUAUCAUUAGUCUCAGUUGUGCAGGCAAGAAACAAUGCUCGGGUUUUGAUCUCUGGUUCAUUGAGCAUGUUCAGCAAUCGAUUUUUCAGGUCUGGGGUGCAGAAGGCUGGGAGUUCUAUUAAAUAUGAGAAAUCGGGUAACGAGCAGUUUUUGACUGAACUUAGCAAAUGGGUUUUCCAUGAAAGAGGACAUCUUAAGGCUGAGAAUGUAAGACACCACAAAGUUGGCGAAGCAGAUGAACCUGCAAUCUACAGGAUCAACGAUGACUUGGAAUACUGGGUUGAGAUAUAUGAAUGGUCUGGUUCAAGUUGGGAACCAUAUGUUACAGACGAUGUUCAAGUUCAAUUUUACAUGAUGAGUCCCUAUGUCCUGAAGACCUUAUCAACUGACCAGAAGGGUCGUUAUUUUACUUCAUUUAGAGUUCCUGAUGUUUAUGGAGUUUUCCAGUUCAAACUUGAGUACAACAGGCUUGGAUACACGAGUUUAUCUCUAUCAAAGCAGAUUCCAGUCCGGCCGUUUAGACACAAUGAAUACGAGAGAUUUAUACCAGCAGCUUAUCCCUAUUAUGGAGCAGCAUUUUCUAUGAUGGUUGGUUUCUUCAUUUUCACAGCGGUUCACCUAUACAGCAAGUAGCUUUGGAACCAUUUGACAUGGAGAUGAGAUGGUAUGCGGUUUCAGCGCUCGGAUGAAAAAUUUUGAUUAGAGCGAGAAUUUAGGUGGAUGUUUCUCAAUAUUAUAGAAUCUCAGUGCUAAUAAAUAUGUAAGAGAAAUGUCUUUUUGGUCACAUAGUCCAACAUCAUUUCCUGUUUUAAGGUUUCUAAAGUAAGAGACUGUACUUAGUACUUACACAUCAAUAUGUCAGUUUGGUCGAUACUACCUACGCAUGCACGAAGGGACGUGUGUGUGUGUGUUUUUUCCUCCUGUUUAUUAUUUUUUGAAAGAGGAACUUGUCCAGUAUGGAAAUAUCACGGCAUUUUGACAAGAGCACGACUUUUUUUCCCCCUAUUGUAGAAGGAUGGGUUAUGCAUUGGAUUGAGAAAGAAAAUAAGAAUGAGAAAGGAAAAUGACGUGCACAGUAAAA